GCCGCUCCAAUUGAAGGUGCUGGUUGCUAAAGCCCUAGCUUCGGCGAAGGACUUCGGCCAACAUGAAGAUCAUCAACUUUAGAUAGGUAGCUAGGGAUUCAGGUGACCUUGUGUUCACUCCAGUCUUAAAGCGCUACUACACACCUCCGCUUUUCAUAUUUAUUUACUCCUCUUCUCUUUUGUGCUCUUCGUUCUGCCAUGGCGUCCGAUCUGCGUGACCAGCUGCUACGAGAUGGCUUUGUCCGUAUCCCCUCGGCCCUCUCAGCAGACCAGGUAGAAGCUUUACGAAGUGCUUGUCAACAUGUCGCUCAUUUAGCACGUACUGGGGGCUGGCCUUAUGUGAGAACUCUGCCAAAGCAGUUCCCACCUUGGACUUCGGACGUCUCGAAGGGCAUAUGGGGUGUACAACAUCUUAUGCAUCCGGAGCUUCCUCACCACGAUACCUUUGCAUCCUCGUACUUCGCGCCUUACAUCGUCGCUGCCGUGACAGAGAUUCUACAAUGUAGCUCUGAGGAUUUGGUGCUCGAAUUGUACAAUCUUCUAAUACGCCCUGACGCAGACUUCGCCCUGAGGUGGCAUCGAGACGAUAUUGGCCCAGAAGUGUCGCCUCAGGAUGAGUUGAACCGUCUCCGAGAGCCCAUGCUUCACGCGCAGUGGAACCUCGCGUUAUAUCCCGAUGAGUCUUUGAUUGUGGUUCCGGGUUCGCAUCUGCGUUCAAGAACAGAAGAGGAGCGGCAAGCGGAUCCUUUUGACGACAAUAUGCCUGGUCAGAUGGCUGUGAAGAUGAAUCCUGGCGACAUCAUCUUCUACAACAACAACAUCCUGCACAGAGGCGUGUAUCGCAGCGAAGCAGAGCGAAUGACUCUACAUGGAUCGAUGGGAGUUGUGGGCGCGGACCCUGCUAGAGCCAGGAAUGUACUACAGCACGGAAUCGGUGCUUGGGUAGAGGAUUGUGACUUCAGCGAGAUCCAAGGUCAAGCGGCCGGUAAGCAACUCUGUUCUUUGGCAGACGGCAUGCGGAAGAGGCUGGUUGCAAUGGGCUCAGACCAGGUUCUGAGCUUCUCGCAGCCACUCGACGAGUGAGGGGUUGACACGAACCGGCCCGUCUUCGAAACCUUCUAUCGCGCCCUCGCCGAACGUGGCUUGCGAAUUACGCCAAGUUGGACUAUCGAAAUCGAGUGUUCACAUACUGUUACUCGAUAUGUACUCGUAUCAUAUGACUCCGUGCCCAAGACCGGCAUGGCCGAUGCCAUAUGCAAGGAUGC